AUGAAAAUAAAAAUCUAAGCCAACAGGAGCAGUCAUCAGAGUGCAGUGUCUGCUCCAACUAUUUGAGGAUCUGUUCAGAAUUUGCUUUGAUCAUCAUUAUUUUUUAUUAUUUUUUCAUUUAAGUAUAGGCAUAAAUUUUCCACAACAUGAUUUGUUUGAUAAAAUGUGUUUGGGCCAGUUUCUGGCUUCAGCUUUAUUUCUGCUUCAUUUGCAUGUGUGGCUCUCUCGGUGAAGUGUGUUAUUCAGUUCCAGAGGAGAUGCAGCGAGGCACUGUCAUUGGCAAUGUGGCAACAGAUUUGGGAAUAGAUGUGACUGAGCUUGUGUGGCGCAACGCUCGAGUUGUUGCUGAGGGUAGCCGACAGUUUUGCGAGCUAAACACAGAAACAGGCUCUCUGUUGGUGAUUGAGAGAAUGGACCGUGAGGAGCUUUGUGUGCAGUCUGCACCAUGUGUCCAGCAAUUCCAGCUGCUCCUGGAAAAUCCGCUCAAAGUGUACAGUCUUCUCUUAGACAUCCAGGACAUCAACGAUAACAGUCCGACAUUUGAAAAUGGUCAGAUUGAGCUGGAGCUACUGGAGUCAACGGUCCUGGGGAGGCGUUUUCCACUUGAAAGUGCUCACGAUCCUGACAUAGGAGUUAAUUCAGUUCAGCAUUAUCAGCUCAGUAAGAAUGAAUAUUUUGCUUUGGAGGUAAAUACCCAGUUGGACAGAAAUGCAUAUCCUGAACUGGUUCUUAAAAAGCCUUUGGAUCGAGAAAACCAAGCAGAUCAUUUUCUGACUCUAAAUGGAGUGGAUGGUGGCCGACCUUUUCGUUCUGGAACGACAUCAAUUCAUAUUCACGUGUUGGACGCCAAUGAUAAUGUUCCUGUGUUUGGUCAAAGCGUGUACAAAGUCAGUACGCAGGAAAAUUCACCUCAAGGCACUGUGUUGGUUAAAUUAAAUGCAACAGAUUUAGACAGUGGGAUUUAUGGGGAAAUUAGUUACUCUUUCAGUCAUGUGCCAGAUAAGACGAAGGGGGUUGUGGAAGUCGACCACGUGACAGGUGAGGUAAAGGUUAUGUUUGCAUUGGAUUAUGAGGAGGCCAGUUCUCACGAGCUGGAUGUACAAGCCAAAGAUGGGGGCGGACAGUCAUCUCACUGUAAACUCAUAAUAGAUGUGAUAGAUGUGAAUGACAAUUCACCUGUUAUUGCUGUUAAAUCAAUUACUUCUACUGUGCCAGAAGAUGCUUCAACUGGAACCAUGGUGGCUUUGCUGCACAUUUAUGACCUUGAUACUGGCACUAGUGGACGGGUCACGUGUAAGAUAUCUGAUGAUGUGCCAUUUAAACUUGUGUCAGAGGUAAAGAAUUACUUCAUGCUUGUGAUUGAUGGAGUUUUAGACCGUGAAAAGUGUCCUCACUAUAACAUAAACGUGACUGCUGUGGAUGCUGGCACACCCCCUUUAUUCAGCAGUAAAACUGUAGCCAUAACAGUCACAGACGUUAAUGAUAAUCCUCCUAUUUUUAGACACUACAGCAGUGACUACAGCAUCAAAUUUGUAGAGAAUCAGCCUCAGGGAACCCUGGUUAUUAAGGUCAGAGCUGAUGAUGCAGAUGAAGGCCAGAACGCAAAAAUUCUGUAUUCUCUUUCAGAAGAUGCAGCCUCUCAUUUGUCCAUCAACGCAGAAACUGGUGAGAUAUUUACUCUGUGCCCCUUUGAUUACGAAUCAUCCACUCACUUCCAUGUUCAAGUUAUGGCAUGUGAUGAAGGCAGGCCAUCGUUCACUAGCACAUGCACUGUCCAGAUUUUUAUUGCAGAUCAGAACGACAAUGCUCCAGUUGUUCUUUACCCAGUUCAACUGGAUGGGUACCUUGCACAUGACAUUGUGCCUCGAGCUGCUCCUGCAGAUUACCUGGUCACCAAAGUUGUUGCGAUUGAUGCAGAUGCAGGGCACAAUGCAUGGCUGUCCUAUCGAAUUUUAAAAGCCACACGGUCUAAUUUGUUUUCCAUUGGACUGCACUGUGGAGAAAUUAGGACACUAAGGCCAUUUGCAGAAGAUGAAGAAAUCAAACAAACCUUGAUAAUCACUGUAAGUGAUGAUGGGCUUGAAUCUUUGUCUGCAACUGCAACUGUCAAUAUUAUGAUAGAAGAUGGCUUGCCUAUCAUCGAUGAGCUUGUUGCACGUGGCACAGAUAAAUCCCAUGGACACAGUGACCUUACUUUAUAUUUAAUAAUGGCUCUGGCAGGCAUGUCCAGUCUUUUCCUUGUGCUCAUCAUCGCCGUGGUCUAUAUGAGAUUAUGUAGAUACCGAUACAUGUACCGUUCAACUGCAAACUUGCCCAUUUUUCCUCCUACCUACGGACCACCUGGCUACUCUGACGUGAGCCGCUUAAAUACUCUGCAGAAAGAUGAUCGAUUUAAUUCAUUCUUAACCACAGGCUCAUGGAAAGGGGACUUCAGAUUUGGCUCUGACUUUGUUGAUUUGGACAUGAUGAAUAAAAGAGGGACAUUGUUGCAUGUGGGUGGCCACAGCGCCACACGUGCAAAGCUAUUAGUGCCACAUAAACUCUAACCCAGAUGAUUUGACCCUGACAUACAUAAAAAAAACCCUUAUCAAGAAAUUGUAUUGAAAAUCCUUUAAUCAAACAAAUGUCAAAUGUUCAUUAUUAUAAUGCACAUCUUCAAUUAGUUUCCAACUUUAAUGUUGUAUGUUCUUUUCAGCUUUAAUUUAGCAUGUGACAAGAUUUUUUACACUUGUAAACACAAACUCUAAAAAGAUACUUUAUUGUAUGUUUAUCUGCUCUAAGUGUGUGUGUGUGUGUGUGUGUGUUUGUUUGUGUGUACAGUUUGCAAGGAGAUUUAAUCACUUUAUUUAGAAAUCAAUAGCAUUUCAGUUUGUUUGGAUGUUUACUUUCACAUGAGCACUCUCUUUUAAUCACAUUUAGUUUCAACUUCAAUUCUCUUUCUGUACUCUAGAUCCAUUUGGGGGGUUAUGCAUAAGCUUUUGUAUCAUACUGUCUCCAUUCUUAUCUGUUAUUGUAAAAUUGAAGUCUUGUAUGUGCAGUUUAUUGCUGGUGACUUUAAACUUACAAUUCAAAUAAUAAAUAUUUAAUUUGAACCAUGGUAUAACAUGAACAAUGCAUGUACUUAUUUAUACAGAUAUACAUUUUACCAUGUAUUUUAACAUUUUCUCUGAAUAGUGCUAUUUAUGUGCAUUAUGUGCUUUGUAAAGUGUCUUUCAGUUCUAGAAAAGUAGUUAUGUCAUAAAAUAAGUUUAUCAAAAGGAACACACUCUGAGUC